AUGACUGAUUGUUUGGGUUCACUUGACCACUUCCCGCCAUGUCGUCUCUCUCUCUCAAACCGCUAUCCAUUUCUACAUUCAUCUCGCAUAAACCAACGGAACAUUCCACCGCCCAGUAAAUCACACUACCAAACGGAAAGGGCUCACCAAUUCGAUGUCGGCGACAGCUUAUUCCGCAGCGAAAGCGCCACCGCCCGUGACCUCGGUGUUCUCUCCACUGCCCUCUACCGGAAUACCACCGGCAGCCUCCGGGUUCUCGACGCCAUGUGCGGCUGUGGAAUUCGUUCUCUUCGGUACUUAGCAGAGGCUGAGGCUGAAUUCGUCAUGGCGAAUGAUGCAAAUGAAAACUACAGGGAGAUUAUUGUGGGAAAUCUUUCUCGGGUGUCAAGUGGUUCUGAAGAAGGAAAAAGAUGGGAGGUUAACCAUUUGCCUGCCACUAGGUUACUGGCUGAGUGUUAAUUGCGUAAAGAUUACUUUGACCUUAUUGAUGUGGAUUCUUUCGGUAGCGGCUCCAGUUACUUGCGAGUUGCUUUGGAUGCUGUGAAAUUGGGUGGCUUGCUAUACAUUACCUCCACUGAUGGGGUUUCUUCCGGUGGUCAUAGGCCGCAACAGUCUUUAGCUGCCUAUGGAGCAUAUGUUCGGCCGUUGCCGUACACAAAUGAGAUAGGUCUCCGGAUGCUUAUAGGUGGAGCUGUUAGAGAGGCUUCGGUCCUUGGUUAUCAUGUUGUUCCACUUUUCUCAUACUACUCAUAUCAUGGGCCCGUGUUUAGAGUGUUGCUACAAGUCAAGCGUGGAAAGUCUCCGUCUAGCAGUUUAUCAGCUAUUGCAACCGGUGUGGGAGCACUCGAGCAUUUUCCUGGAAUGAACUUGGUUUCACCUUCACUUGUGGUUUCAGGACCCCUCUGGACUGGGCCUCUUCACAGUGCUCCCCAUUUAACAGAAAUGAUGAGUUUGGCGGAUCAGUGGGGAUGGUUUGGUGAUGAAGAAAAAAAUCUAGGAAGGCUGUUGAAAUUGAUGAUUGAUGAGAGUGACCCCUUAUUGCCAGUUGGAUAUCUCAAUGCAGAUGAGAUAGCAAGUCGUGCUAAGCUUAAUUUGCCUCCCCUAAGUGUGAUAAUGAACAGCCUGCACUAGGCAAGGCUUAGGUGAUACCAUCGGAUAUUUGUACUUCACUGGCGCACGUUUGGAUAGUUAAAUAGGUGCGCCUAUCCUUGGACCUAAUGUCAAGGUUGUUCACCAUGGUAAGUAGCAGUAGCAUGCUGUAUAAAGUCAAAGCUGGUAGAAGUUGGAAAGUCGGGAUAGCAACAGAUGUAGGAGAGAAGAAUAGAACAGUAGUCGAAGAAUGGCUAUUACUCAGCGCCAUAGAAUUGGUCAAAGAAAUUUGGGACCAACAACUACUACAACUCCUCAAUCUCAACCAAGUUGUACAGCUCCUUAAUCUCAACCAAGUUGAAGAUAACUAUAUUGAAAAUCAUCUUUAAUCAGGCAAGGCUUAGGUGAUACCAUCGGAUAUAUGUGCUUCACUGGUGCGCACUUGGAUGGUUAAUAGGUGCGCCUAUCCUUGGACGUAAUGUCAAGGUUGUUCACCAUGAUAAGUAGCAAUAGCAUGCUGUUUAAAGUCAAAGCUGGAAAGUCGGGACAGCAACAGAUGUAGGAGAGAAGAAUAGAACAGUAGUCGAAGAAUGGCUUUUACUCAGCACCAUAGAAUUGGUCAAAAGAAAUUUGGGUACGCCUUUGUGGGAAAAUAUUGAGUAUAUUGUUGUUGUUGUUGUUAAAUUGGACGUUUUGCUUGAAGCACAGAGAUCAAAUAGUUGAUGAAAAAUAGUUUGGUCAAUCACAUGACACACAUAACCAAGGUGCUAAAUAUAUAUAUAUAUGAUAAGCAUUCAUUA